AUGUUUGGACACUGGGGCGUCGGCGGCCCCGACUACCGCGGCGCCGGCAUACGCGGCGCCCGCGCGCAGCGCUUCGACGAGUACUACCGGUGCUACCCCAUCAUCAUGGCGCCCGGCGCCGAGCGGCCAGAGCUCAACUACGGCUCCAAGAUCUUCCUGCCCCCGUCAGCCCUGGAGAAGGUGUCUAAGUUGCACGUCCAGUGGCCCAUCAUGUUGGAGCUUAUUAAUGGUGCGAAGGGAAGGCACACGCACGCUGGUGUGCUGGAGUUUGUUGCUGAGGAAGGGAGGGCUUAUAUUCCGCAGUGGAUGAUGCAAACCCUGCAGCUCGACGUAGGCGACAUGAUCCAGGUCAAGACAACCUCCCUCGAACUGGCACAAAUGGUCAAGCUCCAACCUCAGGACGUCAACUUCCUUGAGAUCAGCGACCCGCGCGCAGUCCUCGAGCGCGUCUUCCGUAACUUUGCCGCCCUCACCAAGGGUGACGUCUUCAACUUCGAGUACAACGAUGAGAUCUACGAAGUUGCCGUGCUCGACGUCAAGCCCGAAACCGAGAAAAUGGGCGUCAGCAUGAUCGAGACUGACGUCUCCGUCGAGUUUGCCCCGCCCGUCGGCUACGUCGAGCCCGAGCGCGUGCCUCGUGCGGGAAGCGGCGUUAGCACGCCGCGCACACCUGCCAGCGGCGCUGGUGUCCCUAUCGGCGGGCUCCUACACCACCAGGGUACCAUGGCCCAGGCCAUCAACUACGACGCCAUCGCCCCCGGCUCGGCGCUCGCCACAGCAGGCAAUUUCGCCGGCGAGGGGUAUCGCGUCGGGAAAAAAGGUUCCGCAGGCAAGAGCGGGGCGACGCCGGGGACGAGUACACCUAAGGAGGCCAUGCCGGCCGCUGCUGCUGUGCCGGGCAAGUGGAAUCGUAAUGGGCCCGCGCCGCUACGCUUGCCGCCAAAUAAGCUGUUUUUGGGGUACGAGAUUAAGCCGGUUAAGACAAAAGAGGAUAAAGAGAACGAGGCUGCGAGGGGUAAAGGGGGGUAUCAUUUUACGGGACAGGGGCAGACGUUGAGGGGAGCAGGAAAGAAGAAGGGAGGUGGAGAGGAGAAGAAGGGAAAGUAA